GCGCGCGGCUGGGACCAGGCAUCCAGGAAGCCUUCACUGGUCAGCGGGGACAGAGGGAGCCCGAGCCGCGCGUGAGGAACCCGCAGCGCCGACGCUCGUCUCCAGAAAACGGCAUCAUGAUUCCUGUUAUGGAAUUCCGGCAGUUCACUGAACAGCAGCCAGCGUACAGAGUCCUGAAGCCGUGGUGGGACGUGUUCACAGAUUACCUGUCUGUGAUCAUGCUUAUGAUAGGUGUGUUUGGAUGCACUCUGCAGGUAAUGCAAGACAAAAUCAUUUGCCUUCCUCACAGAAUAUCAUCCCGCUCAGAGAACAUUUGUGAAGUAAAUAGGAGCCUACUCUUACACGUGCAGUCCAAUGCCUCAGAUGUGCUGAGAGAAAUGAAAGGGGUGAAAACUGAUCUGGAUCUUCAGCAAUACAGCUUUAUCAAUCAGAUGUGUUACGAGAAGGCGCUACACUGGUACGCCAAGUACUUUCCCUAUUUGGUUCUCAUGCACACGCUGGUUUUCAUGGUGUGCAGCAACUUCUGGUUUAAAUUCCCCGGCUCAAGUUCAAAAAUAGAGCAUUUCAUCUCAAUGCUCGGCAAGUGUUUUGACUCCCCCUGGACUACGCGGGCAUUGUCUGAGGUGUCUGGAGAGAACCCAGAGGAAAAGGACCAGAAAAAGAGCGGAACAACCAGAUCCAACACUACAUUGUCUCCUGAAGAAAGCAGUCUGGAGAAGACGCAGUCCCUCAGGUCUAUCCCGGAAAAGAUUGUGGUGGACAAGCCGUCAGCAAGUGCCCUUGAUAAAAAAGAGGGGGAGCAAGCCAAGGCUCUUUUUGAAAAGGUAAAGAAGUUUCGACUACACGUGGAAGAGGGAGACAUCCUCUACCUUAUGUAUGUUCGUCAAACUGUGUUCAAGGUGUUGAAAUUCCUUGUGAUCAUUGCCUAUAACAGUUUUCUUGUGUAUAAAGUGCAGAAUAAAGUCUGUUGUGAAGUUAAGGAAAUCCGGGACGUUACAGGAUAUACAGUCUUCGAAUGCAAUCACACCAUGGCGCAUCUGUUUUCCAAGCUGUCUUACUGUUAUCUGUUUUUGGUGGCUGUCUAUGGAUUGACAAGCCUCUAUACCUCCUAUUGGCUGUUUUACCGCUCUCUCAAAGAAUAUUCCUUUGAGUAUGUUCGUCACGAAACCGGCAUCAACGACAUCCCAGAUGUGAAAAACGACUUUGCUUUCAUGUUGCACAUGAUUGAUCAGUACGACCCGCUGUAUUCCAAGCGAUUUGCUGUUUUCCUCUCAGAGGUCAGUGAGAACAAACUGAAACAACUCAAUCUGAACCACGAAUGGACCCCAGAGAAACUGCGUCAGAGACUCCAGACAAACCCAAAGAACAGACUGGAACUUCAACUCUUUAUGCUCCCCGGUUUACCCGACACCGUCUUUGAGCUGACGGAGCUGCAGUCGCUCAAGCUCGAGAUCAUCCACAACGUCACCAUCCCUGCGUCCAUCUCUCAGCUGGAAGACCUCCAGGAGCUGUCGCUCUACCAGUGUUCCUUGAAGCUGCACACAAGUGCUACUUCCUUCCUCAAAGAGAACCUAAAAGUGCUUCGUGUGAAGUUUGACGACAACAGGGAACUUCCGAAUUGGUUGUACGUCCUGCGUAACCUAGAAGAACUCUACCUCUCUGGAUCACUUAGUCCUGAUGCUUCAAAGAAUAUAGUUCUCGAGUCUCUUCGUGAGCUGAAGUGUCUGAAAACCCUCUACCUUAAGAGCAAUUUGACAAAGAUCCCACAGUCCAUCGUGGAUGUGUCCAGCCAUCUGCAGCGGCUGUACCUGCACAAUGAUGGCACAAAGUUGGUGAUGCUCAACAACCUGAAAAAGAUGACUAGCCUGAUUGAGUUGGAGCUUGUGCGUUGUGAUCUGGAACGCAUUCCGCAUGCGAUAUUCAGCCUGACAAAUCUACAGGAGCUUGACCUGAAAGAGAACAACCUUCGAUCCAUUGAAGAGAUCGUCAGCUUCCAGCAUCUCCGAAAGCUCAUUUGUCUCAAGCUUUGGCACAAUAGCAUCAUGUAUAUCCCAGAACAUAUCAAAAAGCUCAGCAGCUUGGAGCGCCUUUACUUUAGCCACAACAAGAUUGAGAUCUUGCCCUCACAUCUGUUCUUGUGUAACAAGCUGCGCUACCUUGAUCUAUCCAACAAUGACAUCCGAUUCAUCCCUCCUGAAAUCGGCGUACUUCAGAGUCUGCAGUACUUCUCAGUUACAUGUAACAAACUUGAAAACCUUCCAGAUGAACUGUUCUUUUGCAAAAAGCUCAAAACAUUAAAGCUGGGUAAGAACUCCCUGUCCAUCCUAUCACCAAAGAUCUCUUACCUCAGUCUGCUGACCCACUUGGAGCUAAAAGGCAACCACUUUGAGUUCCUGCCACAAGAGCUUGGUUGCUGUUGUGCUUUGAAGCGCAGUGGCCUUAUAGUGGAAGAGACACUGUUUGAAACUCUGCCUUCAGAUGUAAGGGACCAAAUGAAGGCAGAGUGAGGUGCCUUACGGUAGUCUCGAUGCCUGCUAUUUGCUCUAUCACUUCAGAGCUUUUGUUUUAUAUGAAAUCAUUCUAAGCUCUAACUAUAGCACUACUUUUAAGAAACUUUAUAUAUAUCAUCAUAUUUAGUGUGGCAGCUACAGGGACACAGUUUUCAUCCACCCGACAUGGAACAAAGGGAAUAAGAAAUAUACUCCUUUAAUGUGGUGGUAAAAGUGCCAUGGGUAAAUGUAUGAGUGUGGUUGCUGUACAUUGAACAUUCAUUAGUCACUUAAAGGGCUUGUGGUCUUCAGGUCAAGCAAACCAUCAAAUGGUUAUAGUGUCUUAAACAUAUGUUUUUUGUGCUAUUUAUCUUCUAAUUUGUGUCAUGAAAUGAAAUGAGCAUAUUUCUGAAGUUAUCAAACUGUUCCUUCCUUUAUUUGUCAUCAUUGCCACAUACAAGGUUUGGUAACUAAAUAUUAAUCUAACCUUAAGAGGUCACUUGCUCUAACUGGAAUAAAUGGAGGUUACAAGUCCAGGGUUCCUCAACAGCCUUGAAACGUUUAGAAAAUUGAAAUAUUUCAGGACUGAAUAAGUAUGGAAAAAGAAGGUUAAGGAUGAGAAACAAAUAUUAUUCUAAGACCUUGUCUUUGUGACAGUAUCUAUCUGCAUAAUAAGUUUCUGAUUUCCAAAAUAAUAAAUUGUAAACUUUUCAGUACUUUAUGGUUAGUUUUUACAAAGACAAUGCACAUCCAUCAACACAUCAGUCUCCAGCCAGCCAUUUCAUAGUGAACUUUUGUAUUUGUAUUUUAAAAAUAUUGUUUGAGCAAUCAGGAAAAAAUACUAUAGAAAUACUUGGAUGUUUAAAUGAAAGAUGUAUAGGAACCCUGGUAGCCUUGUACCUGUAUAUUUAUGCAAUAUACAAAUCCCAGUUUUAGAACGGUUCUGAUGUUGAUACAAAUGUAGAUGUAAGUUGUGUUAAAUCAAUCAUGUCAGCAAGACAGUUGCUUCUUCUGCAUAGCCUCAGGACUAAAACCUCACACAAUCUAUCUAAACUCUUACAUUUUUAAACAAUUUUUACAAUUACUGUGCUGUAGAACUAAAAGUCUAUGAUUUCCUCAUACAGUGACUUAAAAUUUAAUAAAUUUUUCUUUCUAUUUCCAGUUCUGACACACCGUUCUCCUGAUUGUUUAGCCUUGAACAAUUUUAUUUGUACAUUGCAUAGAAAUUUCCGUUUUUCCUUGACCCGCAGCUUUUCUCUUGGUGUUUUUAGACUGA